UAGAAAUGUUUACACGAAAUAAUUUUCUAAUCUCAUGAUCUUAGAUCCUGUUUAUGUUUGACGUUUGAUCUCACUAUUUAUUAUAGACAUUUUUAAUUUUGCUUCCAAAAGCAACCGGCUGUCAGACUCAUUUUAGAGAUGAGCUGAUGGUUAGCACAUGUCCGGUCGCGACCAAGACUGGCAGACUAAUGAGUCUUCUUCAGUCACCAAAGAACCUUCGAUGGAUGUUUGGAUUUCUUCUUGUUCUUGUUUGUCUCGUGUACUUGGCCAGUAACUCCAACUGGUGUCAAGCUGCUUUCGUCCAGGCUUCAUAUUCGUCAGACAGAACGUACUCUGUGUGGCCACCAUUUUUACUUCCCUCACAAUACAACCAGGACUGGUUUAUAACAAAAUGUGUGAUAGGUUUCCACUUUUCUAUCACGGAUCUCAGCAGCAUUCUUCAGCAAUGGUCAAAAUCCAAAGACCCAUCAUGCAGAAAUCUGUUUAAAAGGUUUUCGUCUGUGUACGAUGUGGAGAAUCGCAAGGCACCUCUUCUGUUUCCAGGGCCAUUUCAGUCGAAAGUUCGACUCUGGGUUGGAAACAAUGAGAAGCUCUUUCAGCAAGCAUUCCAUCAGGAGGUGAUAAAUGUAUAUAAUUAUUUUACUCGGGAACAUACCAUUUACAACCCAUUAAGAGACAAACGACCUAUCACCAAACCAAAAGAACCUGAAGAAGUUUAUAUUGAGAGGCUGAUCUCUGAAAGCAAAAACUCUUGUGAUUUUUGUCAUUAUCGAAAUUUCACUGCCGAACACACCAUGCAUCGCCUGGAGUCGAAAUUUGCCUUCACGGCUUCAAAUGCGUUUAAGAUGGACAAGUGGCACGCCCUGUUUGCUCUCAAGAAACACCACCCCUUGAACUGGUCCCUUGAUGAGUACAUGGACCUGAUGAACUUGUCCGUCAAAUGGUUCCAGGCAGCCAGUACGUUUGACGAGAGUGCCCAGUAUCCAGUGAUAGUCUGGGACAUAUUGCCUCAUGCUGGCGCUAGCCAGGUCCACCCUCACAUGCACGGGUUCAUCGACCCAACACACUACCAUGGUGUGGUUGAAAUGUGGAGGACUGCAGGGGAAGACUAUUACCGCCAGUCUGGAAAGAAUUAUUUUCAAGAUCUUGUCAACUUUUACUCUGCUCUCGGACUCACUGUUGAACAUGGAAAUGCUGUAGCGUUUGCCAAUUUAGUUCCUAAGAAGGAUAAUGAGAUAGUAGUGAUGAGUCCGGUAGCUGGUGAAAGUUUUUUUCAGUUGAUAUUCUUUGUCCUCAGGGCUUUUAUAGAUGAUCUCAACAAAUAUUGCAUUAGCAUGGGUUUUGGACUGCCCGCUUUGAAAAGUUCACAUGGUCGUAUUCCGGCUUAUGCUCGUAUUAUAACGCGAGGUCCGGUAGCCGACGUCCGAACAGAUAUGAGCUCUCUUGAGUUGUUUGCGGCUACCAAUGUGAACAUUGACCCCUGGAAGGCGAUUCUCUAUAUAAAAGAUUCUGUUGAGAGAAGAUCGAAAAAUUUAUAGCAUAUGUGUUCAGAACUUUACAUACACAAUUAAUUUAUUUUUGUAUUUUCCAGUCAUUGUCAAUCUCUCUCUAUUAUAUAUAUAUAUUGAUACCCUUUGUGACCCACCUGACACAUUUUUACUCACUUCAUUUGUUUAGUUCUUAGAUUUAGGCAUGAAGGAGGGCUUAAAAGCAUUGAUGCAAAUAUUUUAACCCUUUUCAUAAUUAUGAUGAUCAUGUAAAAAUUCUUGCAGAUAAACAACACAACACCCCAAACCACAAUGUAAUUCUGGUAUUUCCAUAGUCAAAACUGAUCCUUAAAUUUUUUUAUUAUGACUUUGUUAAAAAUAUAACCAACACAAAAUAUUUUAGUUUUUUAAAAAGUGGUGUGCUAGUGCCUUUAUAAAACAUACUGUGUGCCUUUUUCAUGUAGUGUUCUCACGGUUUUGUGUUCUCUUCCAUGUUAUAAACCCUGGCAUGCAGGGGUGGAUCCAUGAAAUAUUUUAUGGUUAGGACUAACAGGAAAAACAUGUACCAACUCAUAGAUAGGGAAUCCCAAUUAAAAACAAAGCAAAAAAGAGCACAAAUUAAUAUUUUUAGGGUGAUGGGUCCCCUGUCUACCACACCUCCGACUCCCAACCCUGGAUCCGCCCCUGACCUGGAGUUAAUGAACAGCUAAUGCUGUUUACAGAGUUGUUGAUUUUGUGUUACAUGUUUCACAUCGUGUCAUUUACCCCGACAGUCCCAGUUUAUGAAAUAUUUUUUUUUAUUAUCAAGUAGUUUAUAUAGAUAUAAAAUUGUAUUUAUUGAUUUAGGUUUUUUCUCAAGACAUAUGACUGGCUGCUCCUACAUGAUGACCAGGUCACCAG